UUUCCCGAGGUUGGGACAUGAAUAUUCCCGGAGAUUAUGAAGAACUUGAAUUAAAUGAAUUAGCCUCCAUAUAAAAAUUACUUUAUAAAAACUUUUUCUCAGCAUUUUAAAUGAGUUUUUUCUUUUUCUUAUUUUUGCAUCACAGGUUUUAGAUGGAGCAGGAUUAGACAUUGAUUUCCACCUUAUGUCUCCAGAAGGUAAAACCCUCGUUUUUGAACAAAGAAAAUCAGAUGGUGUUCAUAGUGUGGAGACAGAAGCUGGGGACUACAUGUUCUGCUUUGACAAUACCUUCAGCACCAUUUCAGAGAAGGUGAUUUUCUUUGAAUUGAUCCUAGACAAUAUGGGUGAACAGGAACAAGAACAAGAAGACUGGAAGAAAUAUGUGACAGGCACAGAUAUGUUGGAUAUGAAACUGGAAGACAUUCUAGAAUCCAUCAACAGCAUCAAGGCCAGGUUAAGCAAAAGUGGCCAUAUCCAGACCAUGCUAAGAGCAUUUGAAGCUCGUGAUCGAAAUAUACAAGAAAGCAACUUUGACAGAGUAAAUUUUUGGUCAAUGGUUAAUUUGGGAGUCAUGGUGGUAGUAUCAGCCAUUCAAGUAUAUAUGCUGAAAAGUCUUUUUGAAGAUAAAAGGAAAAGUAGAACUUAAAAUCCUGAUCUACUUCAUGAUAAAAGAGAAGGAAAUCAUGCAAUAAAUUAUACUAUAA